AUGUCGGGAGCGCCGGGCCCGGGAAGAGCCCCGCUGCCCUGCACCGCCCGCGCCGCCGCCCACCUGCAGCUGCCCGGGGGAGCCGAGGCGGCGCGGCCCGGCGUGGCCGUCAUUGACGUGCGCUUUCCCUGCGGCGGCGCGGCUGACGUGCACGAGAUCGUCUUCAAGAACUUCUACACCGCCUUCCUGAGCGUGCGGGCGCAGCGGGCCGGGCCGCCGGGACCCCGCAAGUGGCUCACCUGCCUCCGCGACCUGCGGCUGAUGCCGUGCCCGCACACGGAGCUGGGCGCGCAGGAAUACUUCUCUCUCCGCCGUUCCCAGAUGCUGUGCGACAUGGAGCAGGUGACGGCGCUGCGCUUCAUCCUGCGGCAGCCCUCCCCGGCGUGGCUGCACUUCGGAAUCGAGGAGCUGCAGCUCUUCCCUCCUGGCAGCAAGACCUCCCCACAGGACGUCCCUUCCUGGUUGUCCCAGCUGAGCCCUCCGGAGCGACCCCUCAGCCUGCACGGGGUGAGUGGGGCUGUCCCGUGCCGUGGGUGGGGCUGCCGGUGGGUGCCACCCUGUCCCGGGGUGCACGGGUUGGUCCUUCCCAUCCAUCACAUGGCCCACAUUGUCCAUCUGCAAAGCGCACAGCUGGUGGCUGCUCCAGUGCUGCCAGGCCUUCUGACCCCAACAGAUUGUGGCUUGAGCGCUCCAUUCCCAGCGGAUGUACCGAAUCACGGUACCCAACCCCUGGGCGCUUCCAGCCCCCUCCUGGCCCUGCUGGCACCAGGAAUCAUUCCAGAGCCCCAAAACCACUGCCCGGUGCUGGAAGCAGUUUGCAGUUCAGAAGAAAAAUACCCACUGAGACGUGCAGCUCGAGGUGGCAUUUAAAUCAGCUCUUCCUCUGCCUGGGGACCGGGGAGGCCUCGCGAGCAGAGGCAGGUGGCAGAGGGAGGCUGACUGGUUGACUGGCAGGUCUGGGCCAGGAGGUGACCAUGGAGACCAUCACAGCCUGCAAGCACCAGUGUUGGGCCUGCUAGGUGGCUCUGGGUGAGCAGAGUCCAAGGAGAGUUGGGGCAGACGCCCAUGUCCCCGCGGGUUGUCACCGUGUGUCCCCACGUCACGCUGGGGUGGGAGGGAGAGGACAUGGGGAGCAUCGCGCAGUGCUGUGCUGGGAAAAGAGGACUGAGUUUGAGCGUCGUGGUUGCUGAACCUUGGUGGUGCAAUUAGGUCUUUAAUCAUUAGCUAAUUGCUGCUCUGGACGCCCGCCAGCGGGGCCGUGCCACCCUCAGGGUCACCGUUUCCCAGCCGCCCAUCAGGGCUGCUCUGCGGGCGCUGUGGCCGUGGCUCGGUGCUGCCGUGCGGCCUGCACGAGGGCUGCCCCGGCUCUCCCGGCCCUUCCUGCACCGCUCCCGCUGCC